AUGACUGGUUGGGAUUCCAAUGUACCGGCGAACAAGAUAUCCCAAAUUGAGUUUGAAUUGACCUAUUUUUCGGAGAACAACCAGUCACCUCCAAGAUUGAUGAUGUUUUCCCUACAUGUAUGCAACAUAGUCAGAAGCCCGGACAUAAGACAUCGAGUUUUACCGCUCGCUCUUGCUCUUAACUUACGCGACGUGCGGCCGUGGACGUUUUUCGAAAAUGGCAUGGUGGGCCAUGUCAGCAUGGCGGAUCCAUUCGAUGCGCCGCUGUCCAAAGCUGUCCAUGAUGCUAUAAGCCGGCCUGGGGUAUUGGAAGGCGAGGAUGUCACAGCGCAUAGUGCUGGGACGGUCAUCUGCAUUGAAGGGCCUCAAUUCUCCACCCGCUCCGAAUCCCUCCUCUACCGCUCCCUCCCCACCCAGCCUCCCAUCUCCGUCAUCAACAUGUCCGCCGUGCCCGAGUGCAAACUCUUCCGCGAAGCCGAAAUCGCAUACGCCCUCGUCUGCAUGAGCACCGACUACGACAGCUGGCACGGCACGAAUGAGGGGGUGUCGGUCGAGAUGGUCAUGGGUCACAUGGUGGCGAACGGGGCGAAUGCGAAGAGGGCGGUGGCGGCUGUGUUGGAGGAGUUGAGUAAGGAGGAUGUUAAAGGGGUGGUGGGGGAGAGGUGGACGAUGGCGAGUAGAGGGGGCGUUAUGGGGCUGCACAAGAGGGAUGGGAGGGGGGUGGAGGCGGUGGGGAGGUUGAGGUGGUUGUUUGGGGAGAAGUGGGUUGAUGGUGGCGAGUAA